AUGGAGGAGGUGGAUCACAUUAUCAUUCACUCCCUCCGAGUGAUCGGUUGUGACAUAGAAGAGGAUGUCACAAAUCUGAAGCAAUUCUCAACAGAGCUGAUAGUGUCAGCAGUUGUAAGAUGUCUCAAGGUCAUCAAUAAUGAAGUGGAUCUUCCAAACUCACUUCCUGGUGGAAUGUCUGCCAAGUUUAGGAUUGGCACGUCUAUGGCUGCUCAUAUCCAGGAACUUGGUUACAGAGGUGAAAUUGGUUACCAGACAUUCCUCUAUUCCAAUGAACAAGAAAUCAGGAGAGUGCUUAUGUUUCUGGUGGACAAGUUACCUAAGGAAACAGCAGAGGCAGUAGAGGAAGUUCUGGGGGCAUCUGUACUGCUACAGAGAACGAUAGCUUCUACCCUGGCUCAGCAGUUGAACUCUGUUUGGACCCCGCCGUACCUCAAACAAAAAAGUAUUGCAUGGAGGGGAAAUCCUCCACACUGGCAAAGAGAGGGUGCCAGCGGGCUGUGUAAGUUUCAUGCCUCCCACCUACAUAUACCUCAGGGCUUGACAGACCUUAAAAGGAAACUUCCCAAAGUAUUAAGAUCCUAUUAUUCCCAAAGUCUUCCCUAUGUAACCAAUCAAACAGUCCAUCACCAUGAUACCUCCCCAUCUGUCAUUGAGAAACUGGCUAGUGAAAUAACAGCCCAGCAGGAGUGGGAGAAUGAAUGGAACCAGGCUGGAUUGGCCUCAAGGCUGUCAGAACAAGAAUACAGAGAAAAGAAAAAGAACAAGAUACAAAAGCGAGUAAUGGACCAGUUGCGUCAGGAUGUACAGAGGAGUGGAGAUUUUGCAGCCUCCAGGAAGGCACAGGAUCUACAACAGAUGAUAGACUCUAUUAGCAGCAGGGCAGGGGGUGGUACUAAAACCAAAGGUUCUCGCUUUACGCACACAGAACAACUCAUAUUUGCAAAGGAUGAAGAGAAGACCAUGUCACAGAUGGGAGGGGAUUCUGAAGCAGGUCAAGGCCACUCAGAAGAGGAGAUUCAGCAGCAGAGAGAGAAGGAGGUGGAGAGUCUACGUGAAGAGGUGUCUGGCCUGGUGUCUCGGCUAGAGCAGAUGGACUUGGAGAUGCGGACUUUCACAGCAAGUGUUCAGCAGAUGGAGGAGGAGAUUACCAGCCAGGCUCGCACCAACACAGACAAGGAAGAGGCUUACAAGGUUAAAAAGAGGACACUUGACUUGCUGCCAGAUGCUGAAAACAAUAUUGCAAAAUUACAGACUGUGGUGGACAGUAGCGCCCAGCGACUUGUCACGCUUGCUAAUCAGUGGGAGAAGCAUCGAGCACCUUUAAUAAACCAGUACAGAGAGCUUAAAGAUCUCAGCUCUAAAAAGGAGUCUGAAGCAGAGAAGAAACUUGAAGAGAUUAAGGCAUUCCGUGUGAGAAUGAAGGAGGUAGCUGAUGAAGCCAGACAUAAAGAAGAACACUUAAAACAGUUGGUGGCCGAGUACGAAAGAAUGACCAAAGAUGUCAACAGAUCAGCUUACACGAAACGUAUUAUGGAAAUAGUGUCAAACAUUAAAAAGCAGAAAGAUGGAAUCAGCACAGUUUUGAUUGAUACUCGAGCUGUUCAGAAAGAGAUAAACCAGCUAACUGGAAAACUUGACAGAACAUUUACUGUGACUGAUGAACUAAUCUUUAGAAAUGCCAAGAGAGAUGAAGCAGCUAAGAAGGCCUACAGGCACCUUGCAGCUUUACAUGAGAGUUGUGAACUUCUGAUAUCUACAGUGGAAGAAACAGGUGUAAUUAUGAGGGAGAUACGAGAAUUGGAGGACCAGAUUGAGAAUGAAAGCAAGAACAAAGUUCUGAGUAAUUUGGAGAAGAUUACGUCAGAUUACCAGCAAAUGAAGAAGGAAAAUACAGCUUUAAUGUCAAAACUGAAACAAAAAUCUUGAGAUUUCCAAUCAUUUCUCUCAUUUAGAAGAAGUAUAUAGUUAUAUAUACUUUGAUUUGCAUCAGACACAACCCCCUACUCUUAGGUCACUUUCUUGUAAGUGGGUGGAAAGGUUGACCCUGAAAGAAAAAUGACAGGUACAGAUCUGGACUGAGGUUGGCAAAUAAUUCUUUAGGCACAUUCAGUUUUCGGGGUCAUGCAUGUCUGAAACUAGACGUAUGGAUAUCAUUAAUUUUCAGAAUUUUAGGGAAUUAUGAUAAUCAUUACAGGGUAAGAUGGAACACAUUGUAUUAUUAGUUCCUGGUUUUAGAUUUGAAAGGAAAUUCCAAAAUUGUGCAUUUUGAACUUUUUCUUGUAUUGUUUCUCACCCCCAAUACAAAUGUAUCCUUUUAUUCUUUAUAAUUUUGUGCUGUCUGGACAGUUACAACCAUCUGAUGAGAAAGCAACCCACGUAACAUUAAGUAAAAUAUUCAAGUUUGUGAAUGGAACUGAUGCACAGUUUAGAAAAAGUCAAAUAACACAGGGAUAAAUGAGACAAACCCACUGAUUGACUCCCCGGUCACAUAAUUAUAAUGAUCAAUUUCAGUGAUUUAGUAUGUUGUGUUAACUUUACAAGGAGAAGAUAUGAAUUUGUAUGCACUUUGCUAUUGUAAAUCAUUGUUUUGAUCGUUUGGACAUUUUUUGUUCGACACAUAACCAAAUUAUAUUGCCUGUAUAGGCAUUGUAUCUGUUCAUAAUCAUAUACCUGUCUUUGGUUCAGGUAGUUUGUUAAUUUAUGCAAUAUUUAUUUCUUAACUUCCAAGCAUCCUUCAUAACUCCCUUUAUUUUUACUUUUUUACCUAGUAGAAUCCACAAAUACGAUGUUAUUAUCUAGUAAUUUAAAUUUUGUUUGAAAAAAAAAACUUAAAGUACUGUGUAUGUUGAUAGUUAAAGUCAGGAGGUCUAUUCCAUUUUGUCAUGUUGGAGUUGAAUAUAUUUCUACUCAGUAGAUGCAAGGAUACAGCCAAUGCUGUUACUUUAAUAAAAGAUUGGUUUUUAUCCCUUACUUGGAUGGAUACCCAUUGGUGUGCUGGGCAAUUAGAGUGUAGUGACGAACUACGAAUCAUCGUUAUUUCUUCUGUGUAUUAAAUGUAAUGUAAUUUUUCUUGCUGAAUCAUGUGGCAAAUAGUGGACACGACUGCAAUUCAGUAUUUUUACUUUCGUCCAGCGCUGUAUCUUAUGACAAUUAGGUGUUAACAUAGUAUUUUUUGUUAGACAGCAUUUAAGCUUAAAAUUUUCUUGUAAUGGUACCUUGUUGAUUUCUUGAAGUCAUCUCUAAAUCUUUUAAAAGAAUUAAGUACAAAAUAUAAUUACAAUUACUGCAAUGUGUUUUUUCAUACUAUUAAUAUUCAUGACAACUUUUCCAUAGAUUAUCAUUUGUAUAUUGCUUUGUAUGAAGCUGUACCUAGAAUGCCACUUGAGAUUAUUA